AGGGUUUGCAACGGUUUGAAAAUUUGAUUCUUGUGCAGUAUCGUCUGUAACGUGGAGCAAAAAUAAGGCCCAUGCACCCAGCCAGACGAGGACCAUCCUUGAAACAUGGGGCUUCUGUUUGGAGUGUCGAGACCCCAAUCUCGCAUCAUCAAACGCAGGCAUAGCGACAUAUCCUACAGGGAUCCUUCGUCAGAAUGCAAGAGUGGCAUAUGCGGUUGUAUAAUCUCCUGAUCUAGAUGCUGGAUCGACGGCGAUCCCAGAUUCUCUGCCGCUUCAUGCGCUCCGGGCUUGUUUGCAAUGGCUUUUGACCCUAGCCAUAGUACAUAUAUAUCCACUCGAACCCCAGUACGCAAAAAGCAUUUUCCCUGUCAUGUCGUACCACCAAAUAAAAGAAAACAAUUUUACUCCCCUCAACACCCACAUAGCACUUAGACCAGCUAAUAUGACCUCUACUUCUUUGAAAGUUAACCUUCAAGACCCAGCAGAGCUCUGGCACUCUUUCGACCGGUUCCAAGAUUCUCUAACACAGCUUGGUGAAACCAAAGCGUCGAUACUCUUCAAGCUUACAGCACACAUCGAUGACAUAUACAGUAAUGACCAAGGUGAGGACGUCCGUAUGGACUGGCUUUGUGCCUACAACUACUUGAAUCAGAACUUCCCCGAACAAUGUCGUAAAGCCUUGUCGGCUCAACCAACCCUUACGGCCAUCUUGAACCGAAAGGACGACCCGUUUACGAGUCGCAGAAAGGUGUACAACGAUAGUUUGAAAUUGUAUUGGGCAGUAUUCCAAAAUCACUUGAAGAAGGCUGCCAGUGAAGCCCAAGUGUGUCCUAAGGAAGCUAAAAAGGAGAAUGGCUCCAUACCGCUGCCAAAGACUAUGAGUAAGGGUGCCAGAUACUGGAGAAACAAAGCCCUUCCCAGCUCACCUGCUAUAAACCAUCUAUCGGAUCUCAUCGCGACACCACCUUUGCACCAGACUAUCCCUGAACAUAUUACUCAAAGUGGUCACGCUAUGCCUGAAACCAAGAGGAGCACUACACGAAAGCCUGAUGAUGAGCCUACGGUCCUUUCAGCUUACACAGUGCCAAAGCUCCAGGCUGCAUUGACCACACAGAGGUGCCGUUCCCGGAAACUUAAAGCAACCAAAUCUAAGUAUGCCACUGAGGAUCCCACUGAUACUUCACCCGCGCAUUCUCACUUUUCUUUUUCGUCAAAUUUCUCCGAUGGUGAAGACCUCAGCUCCGUUUCGAGUUUUAGUUCACAUGAUACGUUGAAUGAGUACGUGAAAAAAGCAUCGCGUCGCCUGUCUCCAGUGAAAACACAUUCACUUGACGUGGUCUCGUUGACGUCCACGUUGGAUGAGCUUGACAUCAAGAAGUCUUCGACCACGGAGGACCCUUCUAACGAGUCUCUGUUUAAAAGCAGUACCCGAAGGGCACCUGGGGGUAAAAAUCAUGGACAGAGAGUGAGGGGAAAAGCCAGCUCUAGAGCCAGGCCAGGCCGCCAUGUAUCGAUGGAUAUUUCGGUCUCUUCCAUCUACAGUGUCCGUCGCAAGCGUCUAUCGGUCGGUCCCCUUGACAAUAACCACAACCAACGGGUAAAAAUUUUAUAUCGCAACGAGGAGUUGGAUAUCUAUGCGGGAAACCAUAGGUUGGUGAGAAAUACUGCCACCGCUGCUGCCAAAGCCCGUCAAAGUGCUUUGGACGCGGCAAUAUUGGCGAAUUCUUCCAACAUUACCCCGGCUCAACUUCGAGUUCCAUCACACAGUGUGAAAAGAUCCAUAUCCACCCGGUUCGGCCCUAAGACACCAAAAACAAGACCCGUUGUUACACACUCACAUCACUUUCCUAUUGAAGAGAGUUCGGAACUUCCAAGAUCCGGGUCGUUUCAGAAGUUUAAAAAACUCUUUCAGAUCUAGAGUCAGGACUCCGCAUCAACCACUGAGCCAGUAAACUAUAUCACUUAGUUAUUGAAUACAACAAUACCCUACCUCAACGUAC